AUGACAAACACACCACAAUUCAAGUCACCACCACUACCUUCAAUCGAAUCAUUCAAACUCGAUAACAUACUAAACACCAGUCUCGCCAAUGAAUCUAACCAGGUGAUAUCUGAUCUUUUAAACAUCACUAACAACUAUCAACAGGACUUAGCCCAAGGGAUCAAGACUAAUUUGAUCAUUGAACAGAAAAUCCAAUCCAAAAAUGUCGAAGUAGUGAAAUUGGCCCAUGGAAUAAGUAGCCAGCUCAAGAGUCGAGUUAAGAAGUUGAAUAAAGUCACGGGUGAGUCGGAUGAAGUUAACAAGUUGUUGAGAAAUACUGUGAUUGUCAGUGAUAAAGUGCGACUGUUGGUUGGACAACUACACGAAAUUGAAAUGUUGGUUAAUGGAAGUGUUAAUCCCAGUGUUUAUCCAAAUAUAUAUAAGAUACUACAGAAACAACAAAGAUUGCAAGCAGUUGAUCAAUCACAAGUUGAGCCACGACCCUCGGUUGAACUGCCGACUCCUGCAAGACUUUCACCUACUCCACCGCAUGCCCCCAUCCCACUACGCGCCGCUGAAGCCCCCACUCCUCCUCCUCCUCCUCCUCCACCACCUCCUAAGCUGCCAGAACAAUCUUUAUCAGAAUCAGAAUCUAGUGAGAUCAUCCCAUACUCGCCUGAACUACCUUCGCGCCAACCACCCGAGACUGCCAAAGACAUACCGCAGUCGCCGGAACCUGAGGAUAUGGACCCAGAUCAGUUCGAACUAUUUAUGUCAGAAUCAAUAUCGAAAUACCGACAUCGACAAUCUUUAAAGCACAAACAACUUCCACAAUCUCCACCGCCUAUAAACAACCCAUUAAACCUUCUUUACUCCCAAUUGAUACCGAAACCAUCCCAACAAUUUUUGAAAUCACCUUUUGUAAAUUCCCUCCCCAUGAAAUCUAUGCCCAUUAUAAAACCUACAUUGCAAACAUCCCAUUUUAAGAAACUACGUAUUAAUGGCGAUCCAAUUGGUUCAACCAAACACGAUGGAUGUGGGUGUAACCUGCCGGAUCACUCUGAACAAGAAUUGGUUUUUCAAGAUGAUGAGGAACUUGAUUGGAAAGGAUUAAGUUGUGAUGAAGAAUUAACCGAGACUGACUCUUCAGAGUCUGAUUCAGACGAUGAUACCACUAGUCUACCGAUGAUGACCAACCAAUAUUACAAGAAUCUAAAGCGAGCAUCUCGAAAGAGAACUCGUAAUCCUCCUCUUCCUCCUGCUAGACAACCCGAGCUAUCUCCUACGCCCAAACACAAACCUUCACAUCAUACAUUAAAGCCUAAACGGUCGAUUUUGAAAACAUCUGAUCGAAUAGUAUUCCUGAAGGAAAACUCGCCGUACAGACAAGCGGUUAAAGCUACGAAUAUUAUUCCCGAUGCCGUAGCUAUUGUCAACAACAAGUAUGCUUCGAGGAUAGAAUACCCUGUGAGUGAAUUCACAGCAGAAGGGGUGAUAAUAGAGCCGGAAACUGUCGAAGCUGACGAUUCAAGUAGUAUCCGUUCCAUUCUGGUUCUUAAAAGUUAUAUUAAUUAA